AGUGACUUAGUUGAAAGGUGCUUUCGCUUCACUCCAUUCUACGCUUCCAAAAGACCCCCAGAAUAUGAGAGGCCGCCGGUGCGAGCAUUCUCGGGCUGACUCCGACACCGAUACUGAUUCCGAAACCGAAACUAUGCGCUGCAUAUCGUGCAAAGAAGAGUACGGGACGGUUGACGCCGGCACUUGCAAGGAGUGCUACGAGGAGGCCAGUGAGACCGAAGAGGAGCUCAAGAGAGAAAUCGAAGAUCUCAAAGCCAAAGUUGCCUUCUUGCGAUUCUGGUCUCCACUCGAUCACAGCCAUAGUAACAGGUCAACUGGACCUUGCUUCACCGACGUCGUUUUGGUCGCCUCCUCUGAUAAUGGUCCAACUGGCUCUCCCGUCCCCGUCCCUGCCCAUAAGGCCAUUUUGGCAAGUCGUUCCCCGGUGUUUAAAGCAAUGCUCGAGAAUGAGAUGGAAGAAAGCCGGAGUGGCACCAUCAAGAUUAGUGAUGUAUCAUAUGAUGCACUUCGUGCCUUUGUCAACUAUCUAUACACAGCUGAAGCAUGCCUUGAUGAGCAAAUGGCUUGUAACCUUCUAGUUUUAGCUGAAAAAUACCAGGUUAAGCAUCUCAAGGCUUAUUGUGAGAAAUUUUUGGUGUCUAAAUUGAAUUGGGACAAUUCAGUCCCAAGUUAUACCUUCGCACAUCAGCACAAUGCAAAACAGAUGCUUGAAGCAGCAUUGUCGUUGAUCACAGACAACAUGGACAAACUUACCAAACGGGAGGAGUAUAUGGAGCUUGUGGAAAGGGAUCCUCGACUUGUGGUGGAGAUUUAUGAAGCUUAUCUCUCCAAACAGGUUAAUACAGCAGCACAAAGGAUUCUUCCAUGAAGCCAUGGCAAACAUAGGUCUGCUGGUAAAUAGGUUUGAAGCACAGAUCAUUUUUCAUUUUGGGGACCGAUGCUUGAUGUAGAGAUGUCUAACUUGGCAAUUUUGCAAUGGAUUUGUUGGAAAGUUUUUAGACUUGUGUGGAUAAAUAACAUUAGUGUUAAGCGGAGUUUUACACUGGGAUGGGUGAAUGGUGAAUACCAUUGGGAGGAAAGCUUUGCAAGAUUAUAACAGAAGUAUAAUUUUAGCAUUUGUCCAUUGACAUUUAUGUUAAACUUGAAAGCAGCCUUAAUUUCUUCUUGUUCUCUCAUCUCAGUUUGUUCUUUUUCUCAAUUAAUUGUUGUCCAUCUUUCUCAA